GGAGGUGGCGUGCAAGUAUCCGCUGCGGCGUCCUGGUGCUAGAGUGGAGGCUGGCAAAGAAGAAGUCACCCGCAUGCCUAGAUCAGGCCAGCAUUUCUGAUUAACAAGGUGGAUUGUUUUCUUACCUCUCAUCCCUCUGCUAUGCUGUCAGCCAACCUGCCUGCCUCACUGGCCCUACCUCCUGUUUGCUAUGGACAGCAACCAUCAAAGUAAUUACAAACUCAGUAAAACUGAGAAGAAGUUCUUAAGGAAACAGAUUAAAGCCAGGCAUACUUUGCUGAGACAUGAAGGCAUUGAGACAGUAUCCUAUGCCACUCAGAGCCUGGUUGUUGCCAAUGGUGGUUUGGGUAAUGGUGUGAGUAGGAAUCAGCUGCUCCCGGUUUUAGAGAAAUGUGGACUGGUGGAUGCUCUCUUAAUGCCACCUAACAAACCCUACUCAUUUGCAAGGUACAAAACUACGGAAGAAUCUAAGAGAGCCUAUGUUACCCUCAAUGGAAAAGAAGUAGUGGAUGAUUUAGGACAAAAGAUCAUUCUGUAUUUGAAUUUUGUGGAAAAAGCACAAUGGAAGGAGUUGAGGCCUCAAGCCUUACCACCAGGACUCAUGGUAGUAGAAGAAAUAAUUUCUUCUGAGGAGGAGAAAAUGCUUUUGGAAAGUGUGGAUUGGACCAAAGAUACAGACAAUCAAAACUCUCAAAAAUCCUUAAAACACAGAAGAGUAAAGCAUUUUGGUUAUGAGUUCCACUAUGAGAACAACAAUGUAGAUAAAGAUAAACCAUUACCUGGAGGUCUUCCUGACAUUUGUGACAACUUUUUGGAGAAAUGGUUGAGGGAAGGUUACAUUAAACAUAAACCUGAUCAAAUGACCAUAAAUCAGUAUGAACCUGGGCAAGGAAUUCCCGCUCACAUUGACACACAUUCUGCUUUUGAGGAUGAGAUCGUUUCUCUCAGUUUGGGAUCAGAGAUUGUCAUGGAUUUUAAGCACCCAGAUGGUAUUGCAGUGCCAGUUAUGUUGCCUCGUCGGAGUUUGCUGGUGAUGACAGGAGAAUCUAGAUACCUUUGGACCCAUGGAAUCACAUGCAGAAAAUUUGAUACUGUUCAAGCAUCUGAGAGUCAUAAAAGUGGAAUUAUCACCAGUGAUGUUGGAGACUUAACUUUAAGCAAGAGGGGACUACGAACAUCAUUUACAUUUAGGAAAGUGAGGCAAACACCCUGUAACUGUAGUUACCCUUUGGUCUGUGAUAGCCAGAGGAAAGAGACUCCUCCCUCAUUUCCAGAGAGUGACAAAGAAGCCUCACGGCUGGAGCAAGAGUACGUCCAUCAAGUUUAUGAAGAGAUUGCUGGACACUUCAGCAGCACGAGACAUACCCCUUGGCCACACAUUGUGGAGUUUUUGAAGGCUUUGCCAAGUGGUUCAAUAGUGGCCGAUAUUGGAUGUGGUAAUGGAAAGUAUCUUGGCAUCAAUAAGGAGUUAUAUAUGAUUGGUUGUGAUCGUAGCCAAAACCUUGUGGACAUUUGUAGAGAGAGGCAAUUUCAGGCUUUUGUCUGUGAUGCAUUGGCAGUACCAGUCCGCAGUGGCUCUUGUGAUGCCUGCAUCUCCAUUGCUGUUAUUCAUCACUUUGCAACAGCAGAACGUAGAGUGGCAGCUCUCCAAGAAAUUGUUCGACUCCUGAGACCAGGUGGGAAGGCACUCAUUUAUGUCUGGGCAAUGGAACAAGAAUAUAAUAAGCAGAAGUCCAAGUAUCUUAGAGGAAACAGAAAUAGCCAAGGAAAGAAAGAGGAGAUGAACAGCGAUACCUCAGUGCAGAGGUCACUUGUGGAGCAAAUGCCUGACAUGGGCAGUCGAGACUCAGCAUCUUCUGUCCCCUGCAUUAAUGACUCUCAGGAAGGAGGAUGUAAUUCAAGGCAAGUUUCUAAUUCCAAGCUGCCUAUUCAUGUUAACAGGACUUCUUUUUAUUCUCAAGAUGUACUGGUUCCCUGGCACCUUAAGGGAAAUCCUGAUAAAGGCAAAUCUGUUGAGCCAUUUGGUCCCAUAGGAUCCCAGGACCCAAGUCCUGUGUUUCAUCGUUACUACCAUGUGUUCCGUGAGGGAGAAUUGGAAGCUGUCUGCGGGACGGUGAGUGAUGUCAGAAUUCUGCAAAGCUAUUACGAUCAGGGAAACUGGUGUGUGAUUCUUCAAAAGGCCUGAUUAUUUACCUGAACACAUCAUAGAGAAAGAAGAAAUGCUCACUUAAAAAAAAAGAGAGAGACUAAAUUAAUUACUCUUUUAAUUAAAGAGAAAACUUGUAGGAAAGUACCAAAGGAAAGCUGAGAAAAAUUUGGAAGUAGGGAUUCAUUAGGAGACAUUCAAAUGGCUGUUGUUGGCUGACAUCACAGAGGUGGUGUUGGCUCCUCCUACUUCCCUAUGAGAGGUAGUUUCUAAAAGUGAUUGAAGUAGUUUGUGCAGUGUUUGUAAUUCUUGGGUAAGAGUCCAGAAUUUUGAAGAUAACAGUAUUUCAGUAAAGUGCUACUAAAUGUACUAAAUCAUGUAGGAUUUUAGGGAAGUAAUUAUAUGUUAAUACAGAAAAUAUUCCUGGUCAAUAGAAAAUUGUCUGAAGUUUUACCUAUGGUUUUUAGCUCUGUAAAAUCAUAGACAAUAACCCUUCUGUUUCCAUGCCUGACUAGCCUAGGGCUGGACAUAUAGCAGGUGUCCAAUAACAUUUAGUCAAUCAGAUAGUACCCAGAACGUAGUAGGAGUUUCAUUUAAAAACUACUUUUUGAACCCGACCAUGUACCAGUUACUAUUUGAAGUACUGGUAAUGAAGCAAUGAAUAAGAAAGAGCAAAGCUCUUACUCUUAUGUUGCUUACAUUCUAGAAGGGGAGACAGACAGCAGGCAAAUAAAUAAAUAGUUACUAUGUGCCAGAUAGUGAUAAAUGCCUUGAAAAACAUGAAAUGAGAGAGGAUUUACCUUGGAGCAAAAGAUUACUUUUAAAUGGCUGGAAUAACUACUAAUCCUGACUAAUUUAUUAUCAAGAGUUAAUUGGUAUUCCAAAUUCAUUGAUUAGGGUGCUAAAAACAACCCAAAUGUGCUCCUUUAACUCCUUUGUUUAAAUGACAAAAGUUAGAAGGUGGUCACUCAGACCUAACUAUGCCCUUAGAGCCAAAGCCAUGAUGUCCUUAUUGGUUAUUUCUAGUUGAUUCAUAAUUUGUCCCAAUCCUGGUUCUAUCAGGGGUUAUUUUUAAAAAUCUGUACAAUAUUGCAUAAUAGUAACCCAGUUAACUUACCACUUAGGUCAGGUUUCCAGGAGGAACAAAGGUAGAAAGUCAACCAUAGGUCAAAUUAUCACAUAGAAGGAAAAGCCUUUUUUUAAAAGAAAAAAUGUUUUGAAAGCUUUACUCCCAGUAUGCAUUACUUUUGUAAUAGUAGUGCUUAAGACUGUUUUAAAGAAAAAUUGCUUUCUGUGGAUUGUAGCUACCUAUAUAAUUAAUAUAUAUUGUUAUUAAUGUUAGUGAUACUUAAUCUUGAAGCAUCAAGUUUUCAGAAACCUGUAGUGAUCAAUAAUGGGUCUUAGAUGACAGGAUGAUUAUUUUUGUCAUGGAAUUUCAGUACAACAUCCAGAUGUACUGGUCCCUCUGGGAUGAAUUUAUAAGGCUCGUGAUACAGGAAAAGGAAUAUAAGGCUAAAAAUAGUUUUAUUUCUGAUAUAAAUUCUGGUACUUUGCACCAAAAUUUGAAGUCAAGUCAUGCCAAUAAAUUUUAAGAUCCAAAUAAAAUAGAUGAUUUUCUAUGAAGAUGAAAAAUACCAAAAUUGACUCAGGAAGAGAGGGAAAAUGGAAGAUGCUGAAAAAUAGCAUAGGAAUUCAGAACUUGGCUCUAGAAUCAGGUUUCCUGAAAGUUGAAUUCUAGAUCUGUCAUUUAUUAGCUGUGGGAUUUUGGGCAAAUUUCUUAACCUUUCUGUGCUUCAGUUUUCUUAGCUGUAAAAUUGGAAGAGUUGUUAUGAAAAUUCACUGAAGGUAAGCUUGUAUAGAUCAUAGAAUAGUAUAAGAAUAUAGUAUGCAUUUGAGAAAUGUUCGUUAUUAUUACUCCCAGAGGAGUUUUAGGUAUUGAGUGAUGCCAAAUCUAAUUUGUUAAUUGUAUAAUAAAAAUCUAUAUUCUUACUGA